CCCGCUCCCACUCGAGGUCGUUUCUCGUCUUGCUCUCUGCCAUAUACUUGUACAAGGUAGCUAGCUAGCCCACUCCUUACAACUAACCAAUGGCGCCUUCACCAGCUGGUAGCACUGCAACUUUGUUGGCCUUGCUAGUGGUCCUCGUGCUGCUGGGGAUGGGAUGCCCAGCGGGGGCGACGACGGCGUGCCAGGACUGCGCGGGGCAGUGCAACUCGACAUGCAGCGCCGCCAACUUCGCCGGGGCAGGGCCGUGCGGCGCGGAUUGCAACCCGGCACCGGGAUGCCCGAGCUGCCUCGCAGCGUACCACUCCAAGUGCUUGCCCUACUGCGUGAGUGCGUGCAAGGCCAAUUCACCUCCUGGGUACGACUGCGAAAGCUCGUGCGACAAGACGAGCCUGUGCAGCGGCUCGUGCAGCGCCGUCUGCGGCGAGUCGCCGGCGUGCACGGACUGCAAGGCCAACUACUCCCGCGGGUGCACAUCCUGCUGCACCUCUUACUGCAAGUGCCACUGCGUCUAGGUUUCUGCUACCCACUCGGCGCAUCACUCAGGACCAUAUAUAUGACCGUGCAACUCAAAUAAUCAUGGGAGGGCAUAUAUAUGUUCUGUUAGCAUCGAUCAUAUGCACUUUAAUUUCCUGUUAGCAUCGAUCAUGUGCACUCAAAUUAUAAAUAAUCAUGGGUGCUUCCUUUUUUAAUUUCCUGUUAGCAUCGAUCUGUUUUUGCGCCGUGUUUGUGGUUUCUUAUUUCGAUAAUAGUAUUUGAAUUACUGGAAGAAAAAUAUCAUACUCUACUUGUUUAUAAUUUGGACCAUAUUAUUA